AUGGCCACUGUCCGAUUCCUUGAUGCCCUCGCGCUCAUCCUAUUGCUCCAACUCAUUUCUUCCAGGCCUGCUGAAGGCAAAAUGAUACGGAAGAAGCCGGGGAUUAGGACCGGAGACGUGCUGCAGACGCCUCCAGACAUCCAGCCCUCCGAAGGAGCACCUUGGACCAGCGACAACCCCCCCGGCCCCCUCGAGAGCCCCCCACCCAGACGGUCCCCCGGCCCCUCCGGCAGCCGGCCAAAGCGCCACGUGCGGGACCAGCCCGAAGAGCCGGAGUGCCACCUCCGCAGCUUGCUGGUGCGCGUCAAAGACCUGGGCUUGGGCUACGACUCGGAGGAAAGCAUCCUCUUCAAGUACUGCGCCGGCCGCUGCCCCAAGGCCCGCAGCAACCACGCCAUGACCCUCGCCCUCCUGCUGCAGAAGAACGGGAUCCCGGCCCUGGGGGAGCCAUGCUGCCGGCCCUCCCGCUAUGAGGACGUGGCCUUCCUGGACGACGGCCACCAGUGGCACGAGGUGGAGCAGCUCUCGGCGGCUUCCUGCGGUUGCGUGGGGUGACCAC